UGAACUGCGCGGACGGGGCCGCGAGUAGGACAAAAUAGUGUAAGAGGCGUUAGGUAAAUACGUCUCGCAGCAUGGAGCAGAAUGGGAAAAUGGUCCUUAAGGGAGAGAGUUACCAUCGCUUUUCAUAGCAGAGGUUGGAUGGUUGCUACGGCGGGGAGGGGGCCUGGUUGCAGCUGGGUUGCGUACUCCAGGGACGCACCUAUUGCUCGGAUGCAUGUUCUGCAUUUCCUCCCUGGAGAUCCAAGCAGCGUGCGGGCGCGGCCUACCUGGUUUCAGCGAGGCGACUUUUAGAGCAUCCCGUGAGCGUUUUCCGGGCAACUGCAGCCCCCUGAAGCGGCUUGCCAACUCCCCUCUAGGUGCAAAUGUUUCCGUGAAGAGACAGAAAGCUCUUCACAGCAAGACAGUCCUGAGACCAGGAAAGUGGAGUCUAGUUUGAAGCUGAUGAGUUCAAGCAAAAUGCCACUGCCAGCAAAUGAUUUGCAGCCGCAGUGGUUUCAUACACUUCAGAUACAAAGAGGCAGAAGACAACAAUGCCGCCGUUUCAGUGAUCCUUCCCAGGAGCAAGCAUUGGCUGCAAAAUUUCAGUGGCAACGAAGAGGUCUUCUAUUUGGAAAUGCCUCAUCCUACUUACAUUUGGAGAUGCUGAGUGAAAGUUCUCAUUCAACAGUAUACAAAGGGAUCAGCAGAAUAUAUGGCCAGUUGGUCGCUUUGAAAGUCAUCAGCCUGAACACCGAGGAAGGGGUCCCUUUCACAACCAUAAGAGAAGUGUCUCUCCUCAAGGGGUUGAAACACGCCAAUAUUGUACUUCUUCAUGACAUCAUCCAAACGAAGGAGAGCCUGACUUUAGUCUUUGAGUACAUGCACAUAGACUUGGCACGGUACAUGUCCCAGCAUCCCGGGGGCCUUCAUUCUCAUAAUAUCAUGCUCUUUACCUUCCAGCUGUUACGAGCUCUGGCUUACCUCCACAACCAUCACAUCCUUCAUCGGGACCUGAAACCUCAGAACUUGCUCCUCAGUCGCUAUGGAGAGCUCAAGUUAGCUGACUUUGGUCUUGCUCGUGCGAAGUCACUUGCCAGACAAGCAUACUCUGCUGAGGUGGUGACACUUGCGUAUCGCCCUCCCGAUGUGCUACUGGGAGCCACUGAUUAUUCUUCUGAUAUAGAUAUCUGGGGUGCAGGCUGCAUAUUUGUGGAGAUGUUUCAGGGUCAGCCACUGUUUCCAGCGGUUUGCAAUACCUUUGAACAGUUGGAGAAGAUCUGGGUGGUCCUGGGGGUCCCAACGGAGAAAACCUGGCCAGGAAUUUCCAAGCUUCACCACUAUAAGCCAGCCUGGUUCCCUGCCCCCACCCCGAGAGGCCUUCACUUGGUCUGGAAUGAACUGGGCAGGGAGACUGAGGCUGAGGACUUAGCAGCAAGAAUGCUAAAAGUUUGUCCAAAGGACAGAAUCUCUGCACAGGAGGCACUUCUUCAUCACUUCUUCAGCCCUCUGCCCUCUCAGGUGUACCAGCUUUCUGAUGCAGAGUCCCUCUUCCGAGCCCCUGGAGUGAAGCUGAAACCAGAAGCAUGCGACCUCUUCACUCCAUAUAAGAAGAGCCAGCACCAGGUCGGCUCGAGCAAGUUUUGGUGAAUGGAGCACAGGACGCGUGGGGGUGAUGUGAGGAAAGAGGUGGCUGCUGCUUAAUGGGACAAUGGGGACAGCUGCUGAGACUCUCCAUGUUAGGAAAGCACCUGGAUUUACUCUCGAAACAGCAGUCACAGCAGAGAAACUUCUUAUGGGCACAAUUAGAAGGAACAAAACAAAAUUAGAAGUGGCGCAAGUGGAAUACUCUUGCUGAGGGACAGCACUGUGGCAGGCCUCUUCCCUUGGAGGUCUAAAACUCCUGGAAGCAAGUCCACAGCUCCCAGUGACACCUGGACCAUUUGCCAGCCAAGAGUACCAUCCUACGCAAUGUUAAGAGGAAAGGGGCUGACACCUCCCAGCGCGGAGCAUUCUGGGAAUAGUAGGGCCUUCUUUCUGUCUACAUGUGCAUAGGAUUGUGGCUUAAGUGUUGGCACAAGGUAAUUUCUCCUUGGCCUUAAGAAGUUAGAUGAGGUAGAACUUAACUCAUACCAGGUGCAGUAGUCGUGGCAACACCCACAAUGCUCAGCAGUUGUUUCAGCCAGGGACAAGACCGGGUUUUAGCAAAUUA